UGAUAAGAAGUUGAAGCAGAUACUAAAAAACUUCCUGUAUUAUAUUUCUGCUUUUCUAUUGGACGCAGGUGGCCACAUCGUCGGAGGAGCGAUCAUGCAAAUAUUCGCAGCUCAGUUUUGAUCUCUGCCUCUCACGUUGGGUAUUGACAGCGAGGGUGGGGAGAUGUCGGGGAGGCAGGCUGCACCAUUGCCUUCCAGAGUUUAAACUUUUGGGCGAAACUUUUGUUCCAGCUCAUGAUUUCCCCACGUGGACUACUGUGAAUCUCCCAACGAAAGACGGCGGGACUGCACAAAGAGUAGAUCGCAAUGUCUGAAAUGUCAAGUUUUUUGCAUGUUGGUGAUAUCGUGUCUCUGUAUGCGGAAGGCUCCGUGAAUGGCUUCAUUAGUACUUUGGGGUUGGUGGAUGAUAGGUGUGUCGUAGAGCCAGGAGCUGGAGACCUGGAAAAUCCUCCCAAAAAAUUUAGAGAUUGUCUUUUCAAGGUAUGUCCUAUGAACCGCUACUCAGCUCAAAAACAGUACUGGAAAGCAAAGCAAGCAAAGCAGGACAAAGAAAAAUUUGCAGAUAUUGCAUUGUUGCAGAAGCUUCAGCAUGCUGCUGAGCUGGAACAGAAGCAGAAUGAAACGGAAAAUAAGAAAGUUCAUGGAGAGGUGAUAAAAUAUGGCAGUGUGGUGCAGCUGCUGCACAUGAAAAGUAAUAAGUACUUGACAGUGAACAAAAGACUACCAGCCCUCUUGGAGAAGAAUGCCAUGAGAGUCACCUUGGAUGCCACAGGGAACGAAGGUUCUUGGUUAUUCAUUCAGCCAUUUUGGAAACUAAGAAGCAAUGGAGACAAUGUGGUGGUUGGAGACAAAGUGAUCUUGAAUCCAGUCAAUGCUGGACAGCCAUUGCACGCAAGCAAUUACGAACUGCUUGACAAUGCAGGCUGUCAGGAGGUAAACUCUGUGAAUUGCAACACAAGCUGGAAGAUAAAUCUCUUCAUGAAGUACAAUGACUACAUGGAAGAUGCUUUGAAAGGGGGUGAUGUAGUAAGGUUGUUUCAUGCCGAACAAGAGAAGUUUCUCACAUGUGAUGAAUACAAAUCCAAGCUGCAUGUCUUUCUGCGUACAACACUGCGUCAGUCUGCCACCUCAGCAACAAGCUCAAAUGCUCUCUGGGAAGUUGAGGUUGUCCACCAUGACCCUUGCAGAAGUGGUGCUGGCCAUUGGAACAGCCUCUACAGGUUCAAACAUUUAGCCACAGGCCAAUACUUGGCUGCUGAGGAAAACACAAGUUACAAAGGAGAUGCCUUGGAUUCGAAAGUUGCGGCAGAACCUAAAAUGCUGAAUCGAACCAGCAAGAGAAAAGGAGGGGACAAGAUCAAGUACAGACUUGUGGCCGUUCCACAUGGAAAUGACAUUGCAAGUUUGUUUGAACAAGAUCCAACUACUCUGCAAAAAAUGGAUUCAUUUGUUCCCAGGAAUUCAUUUGUGAGAUUACGGCAUCUAUGCACCAACACGUGGAUUCAGAGCACAAAUAUUCCCAUUGAUACCGAUGAAGAGAGACCUAUAAGACUUAUGCUUGGAACAUGCCCCAACAAGGAAGAUAAAGAAGCUUUUGCCAUCGUCUCUGUUCCAGUUUCAGAAAUUCGGGACUUGGACUUUGCAAAUGAUGCCAGCAAAAUCCUGGGAACGAUUGUUGAAAAAUUAGAGCAAGGAACCUUAAAUCACAAUGACCGAAGGUUUGCAAUUAAAUUAUUGGAGGAUCUUGUGUUCUUUGUUGCGGAUGUUCCCAACAAUGGUCAGAAUGUUCUGGACAUCGUCAUGACAAAACCCAACAGAGAAAGGCAAAAACUGAUGCGAGAACAAAAUAUACUGAAACAGAUAUUUGGAAUCCUGAAGGUUCCUUUUGAAGAUAAAGGAGAAGGGCCAAUGUUAAAAUUGGAGGAGUUGGCUGAUCAGAAGAAUGCACCAUAUCAGUACAUGUUCCGCCUCUGUUACAGAGUGCUUCGGCACUCACAGGAUGACUACAGGAAAAACCAGGAACACAUAGCCAAGCAGUUUGGAGUGAUGCAGUCCCAGAUUGGUUUUGACAUUUUGGCUGAAGACACAAUCACAGCUCUGCUCCACAAUAACAGAAAACUGUUGGAACAGCAUAUUACAAAGACAGAGAUUGAAACCUUUGUCACACUAGUGAGGAAGAACAGAGAACCUAGAUUUUUAGAUUAUUUGUCAGAUCUCUGUGUGUCAAAUCACGUUGCCAUUCCGGUAACCCAAGAGCUAAUCUGCAAAUGCGUGCUGGAUCCAAAGAAUGAAGACAUUCUCAUCAAAACUGAGUUGAGGCCAGUGAAGGAGAUGCAACAGUCUUCAGACUACAUGACUAUGGAGGAGUUUGAAGAUGAAGUUUGGCUGAUCUGGACAGACAAAACUAAUGAAGUUCAGGAGAAGAGCAUCAGGCAGCUUGCUCAAGAGGCAAGAGCUGGCAAUGUUCAUGAUCAAAACAUCUUGACUUAUUACAGGUAUCAGCUGAAGCUCUUUGCAAUGAUUUGUUUGGAUCGUCAGUAUUUGGCAAUUGGUGAAAUUUCGAAGCAACUGCAUGUGGAACUGAUAUAUCUGUGCAUGGCUGAUGAAGCAUUGCCAUAUGAUAUUCGGGCUUCAUUCUGCAAUCUGAUGUUACAUGUGCACGUCAUUCGGGACCCCCAAGAAUUGGUAACACCAGUAAAAUUUGCUCGGCUAUGGACUGAGAUUCCGACAUCAAUUAGUAUCAAAGAUUAUGAUUCAAAUUUGAAUGGCUCACGGGAUGACAAAAAGAACAAAUUCACAAAUACUAUGGACUUCAUGGAAGAGUACCUCAAUCUUGUGGUGAGCGAAGUACUUCCAUUUUCCGAUGAGGAAAAGAACAAGCUCACAUAUGAGGUGGUAAGCUUGGCUAGACAUCUGAUUUAUUUUGGUUUCUACAGCUUCGCUGAGCUCUUGAGACUGACUAGGACACUCCUUGGUAUUAUAGAUUGCAUUCAAGAUCCCAGUGUUACAGAUGCAAUGUAUCAGGAAGAGAGCGCUGGCAAAAGUAUGAAGAAAUCCAUCCAUGGAGUUGGACAGAUUGUAUCCACUAUGGUUCUAAAUAGAAAACAAUCUCUCUUUAAUCCUGUUCCAACUCCUGGUCCCAGGAUAGAGCCACCAAUAAAGUCAAAGGAUAUUCCUGACAGUAAAAACAUCACUGUUAUGGAUACAAAGCUGAAAAUCCUGGAGAUUUUACAGUUCAUCCUUAAUGUCAGGUUAGACUUCAGAAUUUCAUACCUGCUGUCAGUGUUCAAAAAGGAAUUUGAUGAAAGUGAAACUGCCUCAGAGAGUGCAGCUGAGGGUCCCACCAACCCAUUCCUGGAAUCAACAGUCUCAACAGUCAACUUGGAUCGUAUCGGGGAGCAAGCAGAAUUUAUGUUUGUGGUUGGUAAAGGCUCCAAUGCUCUGGAGGUGGAUGAUGAGGGGGGCAAGAUGUUUCUGAGAGUGCUCAUUCACCUGACCAUGCACGAUUAUCCACCGCUUGUUUCUGGUUCACUGCAGUUACUUUUCAAACACUUCAGCCAAAGACAGGAGCUGCUUGCCACCUUCAAACAGGUCCAACUCCUUAUAUCUCCGCAAGAUGUGGAGAACUAUAAAUUGAUCAAAUCUGAUUUGGAUCGUCUGCGUACGAUGGUGGAAAAGUCGGAGCUUUGGGUGGACAAGAAGAACAGAGUAGGAGCUGAAGGCAAAAAGCCAAAGUCAGAGGAAACUGGCGAUGAUACUGCUGCUUCCCCAAUGACAUCAGGAGGAAAAACUAGUGGGAAUUAUCAAGAAGUCAAAGAUAUUUUGGAGCGUCUGAAUAAAAUGUGUGGUGUUGGUGAACAAGCGAGAAGAAAACAGCAGAGGCUGAUGAAAAAUAUGGGUGCUCAUAAAGUAAUGCUGGAUCUUCUUCAGGUACCUUAUGACAAGAAUGAUGCAAAAAUGUGUGAGAUUUUGAAGUACACACACCAAUUCCUUCAGAAGUUCUGUGCUGGAAGUCCUGAGAAUCAAACUCUACUUUACAAGCACCUGAACCUGUUCUUAACUUCAGGGCUCUUGGAGGCAGAGACCAUGCAGCAUAUUUUCAUGAACAACUAUCAGCUGUGUUCUGAGAUAAGCGAAACAGUCUUGCAGCACUUUGUGCACUGCUCAGCAACGCAUGGCCGUCACGUGAAGUAUCUCGAGUUUCUGCACACCAUAAUAAAAGCUGAGGGGAAGUAUGUCAAAAAGUGUCAAGAUAUGGUGAUGACAGAGCUGACCAGUGCGGGUGACGAUGUUGUUGUGUUCUACAAUGACAAGGCCUCCUUUGCUACCAUGUUGGAAAUGAUGAAUGCAGCCAGAGAUGGUGUAGAAGAGAACAGCCCCCUUGCAUAUCAUAUCUCACUGGUGGAGUUGCUUGCGGCCUGUGCUGAGGGCAAGAAUGUUUACACUGAAAUCAAAUGUACCUCCCUGCUGCCUUUGGAGGAUAUUGUACGAGUGGUCACUCAUGAGGAUUGCAUAACAGAGGUGAAAAUUGCCUAUGUCAAUUUUGUGAAUCAUUGUUAUGUUGACACGGAAGUGGAAAUGAAGGAGAUUUACACCAGUAACCACAUCUGGAAACUUUUUGAGAGCUUCACAGUGGAUAUAGCACAGGUUUGCAAUAAAAGAGAGAAAAGACUUUCAGAUCCCAUUCUGGAGAAAUACGUAGUGAAUGUUGCCAUGGAUACCAUGAGUGCAUUCUUCAGUUCUCCGUUCUCUGAAAACAGCACAUCACUGCAGACACACCAGUCCAUUGUUGUGAAGCUGCUACAGUCCACAUGUCGGCUUCUAGAUUGCUCGUGGCUACAGCAGCAGCAAAAGCCUUCAGUGGAAAACUGUAUUAGGACAUUGGCUCUAAUGGCAAAAAUCCGUUCAAUACACCUUCCAAUGGACCUGCACGCUCAGGCAGGCAACUUGUUAAACAACCAGUUACUGGUGUGUCAGAGGAAUGCUCCAAACUUUAAGACAAAUCCUCGAGCUUUCACUCGUGCUGGAGGCACACCGCAGCAGUUGGACUACAAGAAUAUCAUUGAGAAGCUACAGGAUAUCGUUGUCACUCUGGAAGAUCGGCUACAGCCACUGGUAGAGGCUGAGCUCUCUGUUCUUGUUGAUGUCAUGCAUAAGCCGGAGCUGUUGUUCGCAGAAGGAACAGAAGCUAGGGAGCGCUGUGAAAGUGGAAAAUUUAUCUUUAAACUAAUUGAACACACUAAGAACCUGAUGUCAACAGAAGAGAGGCUUUGCAUCAAAGUUCUCCGCAUCCUUCAAGAAAUGUUGGUCAAAAAGAGCAACUUUGGAGAUCGGGGAAAUGAGUUGAGAAAAACUCUUCUGAGCUGCUACCUUUAUAACAAGAAGUCGAACUCAAAGAACGACUCCAGUGAUCUUUGCUUUGCAGAUCCUGAUAAGUCCCAGGAUUGGAAUUCAAUAUACCCUAUCCAGUGCCGUCUCGACCGAGAAGGAGCCACAAAACUGGUUUCAGAUCUCAUCAUAAACUCCAAAAGUGACAAGAUUUUCCAGGAGAGUGUUUUAUUAGCCAUUGCCCUGCUGGAUGGAGGAAAUACAGAAAUUCAGAAUUCUUUCCAUGCUCUUAUGACCGGUGACAGUAAAUCAGAGAAGUUUUUUAAAGUGCUUAAUAAUCGCAUUAAGGCUGCUCAGCAAGAAAUCAAAGCGACUGUUUCAGUCAACAUGAAUGACCAGGGAAGCAAAACGACAAAGGAUGCACAUGACAAAACACAUGCCAUCGCAGGAGCUGUUCAGAAAGGAAAAGAUGUCCAUGUUUUGUUGGCAACUGCUCAUAACCGAUCACAGAUGAGCAAAUCAGCAGAUACUGAACACCGGCAGAAGGGAAAUGAAAUAAGUCCAGCAGUGGCAAUAAUGCAGCCCAUCUUACGGUUUCUACAGCUUCUGUGUGAAAACCAUAACAGUAACCUUCAGAAUCUCCUCCGCUGUCAAAACAACAAGACAAAUUACAACUUAGUGUGUCAGACUCUGCAGUUAUUGGAUAUCAUGUGUGGAAGCACAACUGGAGGCCUGGGUUUGCUUGGACUGUAUAUCAAUGAAAAUAAUGUGCUUCUUAUUAUCCAGACACUAGAGACACUAACAGAGUAUUGUCAAGGUCCUUGCACUGAGAACCAGACUUGCAUUGUAACGCAUGAGUGCAAUGGAAUUGACAUUAUUACUGCGCUAAUCCUGAAUGAUAUCAGUCCACUCUGCAAGUACAGGAUGGACCUGGUGCUACAGCUAAAGGACAAUGCUUCAAAGCUUUUACUUGCACUCAUGGAAAGUAGGUAUGACACUGAAAACGCAGAGAGGAUCCUCUUCAAUAUGAGGCCCCAAGAAUUGGUUGAUGUUAUAAAGAAGGCCUACAACCAAGAAGAAGAAUGUGAGAAUUCAGAGGUUUCCCCAAGAAACGUGGGACACAAUAUUUAUAUCUUAGCUUUGCAGCUGUCACGCCACAACAAACAGCUGCAGCAGUUAUUGAAGCCAAUCAAGCGAGUACAAGAGGAUGUGGAAGAAGGUAUUUCACUGCUUAUGCUCAAUAAUAUGCAAAUGCUGAAAACAGGUCAUCAGCCGCCCCAAGAACAGGAAGAUCCUUUGACAUACUAUUCAAAACACACAGCACAAAUAGAGAUUAUUCGGAGUGACCGCAAUAUGGAGCAGAUUGUAUUCCCCAUGCCAAGCAUUUGCAAAUAUUUAACUGUUGAGUCAAAGCAGAGAGUCAUCAACACCACUGAACAGGAUGAGCAAGGCAGCAAAGUCAGCGACUUCUUUGAAAAGACCAACUUUUUAUACAAUGAAAUGAUUUGGCAGAAGAAACUCAGAAGUAUGCCCCUGCUGUACUGGUUCUCCAGGAGAAUGACUCUAUGGGGCAGCAUCUCCUUCAACCUUGCUGUGUUUAUCAAUCUUGUCAUUGCCUUUUUCUAUCCAUAUGGAGAAGCAACUUCAAUGGGAGCCUUUGAUUCAUCCUUUCUCUCACUUGUCUUUUGGGGUGUGAUAGGCUUCUCAGUCGUUUCUUUGUUUACCAAGAGAUAUGGUCUCAGACCAUUAAUAAUAGCACUGAUAAUUCGAUCUAUAUAUUACAUUGGAAUAGGCCACACGUUGAUAACACUGGGAUUACUUAACCUCAUCAACAAAAUUGUGUAUCUGGUCAGUUUUGUGGGCAAUGGUGGGAAAUUUAUCAUUGGAUACAAGGCUAUGAUCAUGGACAUGGAGUUCCUUUAUCAUGUUGGAUAUAUAGUGACAAGCGUGCUGGGGCUUUUUGUGCAUGAAUUUUUUUAUAGUAUCCUGCUGUUUGACUUGAUCUACAGAGAAGAGACUCUGUUUAAUGUCAUAAAAAGUGUUACACGUAAUGGACGCUCCAUCCUCUUGACAGCUGUGCUUGCUCUCAUCCUUGUCUACCUCUUCUCAAUUGUGGGCUUCCUCUUCCUAAAGGAUGACUUCAUUUUAGAAGUUGACAGGUUACCAAGCACAAAGCCUUCAGGUUCCUUUGAAGCCCAAGGACUUGCAAUGAAGGAUUUCAUUAACUCUUGUGCUGCUGAUGAUAUUAAUUGUUCUGCAGGCAUCCAGGACAGUAUGACACAAGAUGAGGAAGAGAGUGACAAAGAGCGUGCCUGUGACACCCUUUUGAUGUGUAUAGUAACAGUAUUGAAUCAUGGUCUGCGUAAUGGAGGUGGUGUUGGAGAUGUACUUAGGCAGCCUUCAAAAGAUGAGGCACUGUUCCCUGCACGUGUUAUCUUUGAUCUGCUUUUUUACUUCAUUGUUAUCAUCAUUGUGCUGAACCUGAUCUUUGGCGUUAUUAUUGACACAUUUGCUGAUUUGAGAAGUGAGAAACAAAAGAAGGAAGAAAUCCUCAAGUCGACCUGCUUUAUCUGUGGCCUUGAACGGGAUAAGUUUGACAACAAGACAGUGUCAUUUGAAGAGCACAUUAAAAUUGAACACAACAUCUGGAAUUAUUUAUACUUCAUUGUGUUGGUUCAUGUGAAAAAAAGGACUGAUUACACUGGGCCAGAAAGCUAUGUUGCUCAAAUGAUAAAGACCAAAAACCUGGAUUGGUUUCCACGCAUGCGUGCUAUGUCCCUGGUCUGUAAUGAAGGGGAAGGAGAACAGAAUGAACUUCGAAAUCUACAGGAGAAGCUAUUCUUGACAAUGAAGCUGGUAACAAUUCUCACAAAUCAACUUACAGAUCUAAAGGAACAGAUGACAGAACAAAGGAAACGAAGGCAGAGAAUGGGAUUUGUGGAUGUACAAGGCAACCCAACUAACGUAAACCAUCAGAUGGCUAAAGUAUGAAAAACUCCAUAGCAUUAUGAUUGGUGUCCACAAUAUCACUGUCGAAGAAUAUCGUGCAUUAUUGACAUCUUGCUUCACAACAAAAGGAAAACUGAAUGGUAAAUUAUAAUAAAACAAAAUAGAAAAUUCUAUGGGACAUGGAAGAUAUGCUAAAAUAAGGAAACUACAUUUUGCAAACUACAUGUGAAUUUAAUAAUUUGUAAAUUAAAACUGAGUUUGGUUCUUGGGGAAGGGAUGUGGUUUGAUGUUACAGGUUUUGGUGAUGAUGUCAGGUGCAAUACUUUAUGUUAAAAUAUGCGACUAUUACUAUUUUCUUACUGUGGGUUUUAUGUAUUUUGAAAGCUUGUGAUGUACAAAGUUAUUAAUUUCUAUGUUUUACAUUUUGGUAAAAUUGGAAAACUUGAAGAAAUCUUCUGAUUGCCUGCCUCAGGCAGGGAAAUAUUACCACCCUAUGAAUCUUCCACUACUAACUUCCUCUGUUGGUUGCUGUAGCAUGUUUUGAAUCAAAAUCAUUAACUGCAGUGUCUAAACCCACAGGUUAAUACUGGAAUAGGAGACUGAACAGUGUUGCCUCAUGAUUUAAUCACUAUCCCGGGAAUGAGCUUGUGUGUGUGCACUCCCUGUAGCCAAAUCUAAAUGUGCAUAUGCAGUGCCAAUGCUAAUAUUCUUGCAUGCACAGAAUACAUUGGCGACACUACCAUUGAAAUUAAUUCUCAGUAUGGAAUCUACAAAAUUAUCAGUGUCCACUUGAGAGAUGUAUUCUAAUAAACUUCAUUUUAAACUA